GAGAAGGAGGAGGAGGAGGAGGAUGAUGAAGGCGUGGAGUUCGGGACGCUGUCUAAUAAAUUCUCUUCUAGAAAAUUUUAUCACAAAACCACAUCACACUUUCAGAACUUAAAGCUUGAAGAAGAGAGAGAGGAAGAACCGGAAAGCAAACCCCGACGUGGUCCCAAGAACACCCCAUACUGGUACUUUCUACAGUGCAAGGCCCUCAUCAAAGCAGACAAGCUGGCAGAGGCUCUGGAGCUGUUUGAGGUGCAGAUGCUGAAGGAAGAGCGAGUGCGGCCUGAGGAAAGCAAUUACCCUUCUCAUUGGUGGCUCACCAUUCUCAUUGGUGGCUGUGGCAGGGUUGGCUACGUGAAAAAGGCGUUCAGGCUUUACAAUGACAUGAAAAAACGAGGCUUAACUCCCACUGAGGCCACUUACACAGCCCUGUUCAACGCCUGUGCCGAGUCACCGUGGAAAGACUCAGGCCUGCAGAGCGCUCUCAAACUCCGGCAGCAGCUGCAGAGCAAAAAUGAAGAGCUGAACCUCAUCACCUACCACGCGCUGCUGAAGGUCUGUGCCCUGUGCUCCGAUCUCAGGACGUGCUUUGAUGUACUGAAGGAAAUCGUGCACAAGGGCCAUGUUCCCACAGCUGAGACUUUCAGCUUCCUUCUCAUGAGCUGCAUAAAGGACAGCGAAAAUGGUUUCCGAUACGCCUUGCAGGUUUGGAAAGAAAUGGCUAAACUUGGAAUAAAGGCCGACAGCCACACUUACAAUCUGAUGCUGCGCGCUGCACGAGACUGUGGAAUCGGUGAUCCUGUUGUCGCUUCUCAGCUGCUGCUCAGACCCACCCAGGAGAACUCAUCUCAGCUGCGGCUUGCACCCGGGAUGCAGAAGAAAAAGGUGAAAAAUCAGAGGAAGAAGGGAUCAGAGAGCACAGCUGCUGUCCAGCUGGAUGUGGAAGCUAUGGAAAAGCAGUUAUUUCAGGAGAGUUGGGCACAGCCUGAAGAACUGAUCCAGCAACAAACUAAAGAUGUGAAUCACACUGAGCCAGAACCAGGUGCUCCUGACCGCCCCAGCACAGCUCACGGCAGGACUGGGGUGCUGAUGAGGAGACGCUGGAAUGAGAUGGAGCAGGCACAGGCAUGCCUAAGCCAGAAGCAGCAUUUCUACAACCUGCCCAACUUGUUGGAUUCCAGGAUGCCCAACGCAGCCGUGGUUUCCUUGGGGACGGUGGCCUCACCAUCCCAUAGACUGGCUUUGAUGGGGGACGUGGAGGGCUUCUUGAAUAAAAUGAAAGAGGACAACGCAGAACCCAACAUUAAGACAUUUACAUUACUGGCUGAGCUGGUGGAACCCCAAAGCCCCUCAGAGUCCUCUUUGCUGACACUCCUGGAUGAGCAUAAAGUGAAAGUAGAUGUGACCUUCUUCAACACUUUAAUAAGGAAGAAAAGUAAACAGGGAAACCUGGAAGCAGCAAAGAGCGUGCUGCCAGCUCUGGUGAAGAGGGGACUCUCGCCCAACCUCCAGACCUUCUGUAACUUGGCAAUCGCUUGCCACCAAGAGAAGGACGGACUGCAGUUACUCUCAGAUUUGAAGAGGUCUGGAGUAACUCCCAACAAGUACAUCUACAGCACCCUCAUUGCUGCUGCUGUCAGGCAGCUGGAUUACAGGUACCUGACAGAGAUCCUGCGAGACAUGAGGACUAACCAGGUGGCUCCCAAUGAAGUUAUCAUACGCCAGCUGGAGUUUGCAGCACAGUACCCUCCAAAAUUUGACAGGUAUAAGUCAAAGAACCCAUAUCUGGAGAAAAUUGAUGGUUUCCGUGGCUACUAUUAUCGGUGGUUGAAAGUAAUGGCAGGAGAGGAGACGCCUCAUCCCUGGGAAAAAUACAGAACAGUGAAGCGUGUGGACAAUAAAGAAGAGGCCAUGCAGGAGCAGCCAGAGCAGCAGCAGCAGCAGUAA